GAGCUCUUGAAGAAGUCAUUGCUUCAGUUCUCAAAGAGAUACCAGCAUCGGUUUAGCAAAGCUGUCAAGGUUGAUCUAAGAAGGGUAUUAUUCUUUGCUGCUUCCCACCAGGGGAAGUACAUGAAGCACCUAUUCAACGAUGUUGAUGGCUCUGUGCUUCCGACGAAUUGGGAGCAUGUGCUCCUGCCAGAGAGGUACCAGCAUUUGGAAGGACGUGGGUUUUACUUCCAAAGAGCCCAUUAUCACGACUCCUCGCAUCCAAAUAGAUCGUGUGGAAGGAUGUUCAAGAAAGGUGAACCGAUAUACCGUUGUAUGACAUGUGGUAAGGAUGAAUCAUCCGGAUUGUGUCUGGACUGCUUUGUCGAGGAGGAUCACCAGGGUCAUGCGAUAAUACCAUUAAUCUGUCAAAGAGAAAAUGGUGGUGUCUGUGAUUGUGGAGAUUCUGAUGCCUGGAAGAGAGAUUUCCACUGUAAACAUGCCAAUUGUGAAGAGACACCAAUAUCACAGAUUCCAGAGGAUUUCCAAAUAUCCCUCCUGCAAACGUUCGAAAUCGUACUUGACUUUGUCGUUGACGUUUUGGCCGGUUCAACUCCAAUUCUGAAUCAAUCGAGAAAGACCGAUACUAACACAGUGUUGCUGAACAAACAUUUCUCAGUUUUCCAACAGAAUAAGUACCAUGGUACGGAUUGGCCCUCUGAAACGUUCUCCCUUGUGCUCUACAAUGAGCAAAACAAGCAAAUUGUUGACGCUCUGCAAAAGAUUGUACUCACAACCGACAAAGCCGAAGACUUUGGACUGAUGGUGACAGACAGAGUGAACAAGGUGGGAAGAGCAACUGUAAUGACACAUACUGAUCUUGAGAAGCUCAUUGAAGCUCAAAACGAACUACGUGCCGCUGGCUUACCUUGCUGUAUCAGAAACUCAAGAGACACAUUUAGAGAGGAAAUGUCGUCUGAAAUUAUCAUAUGGCUCCUCGAAAUGGUCAAUGGACCAGUCUUUGGAAAUUACAACAUUUCCAGGGAUCUUUUAUCAAGAGCUUUCUGUCGUAAAUGGGAUGUUGGUAUCAACCUGCAAAUGGGCACACCACCAGGGCCUGGCGGAUUCCGUGAUUUCACAAAGAUCCCAUUAUGGGGUAAUCUGCCAUUGAACCCUGAUGACGCUUACCAAGAUCAUUGGAGUAGACCCACAAAUCCAUGGAAUGUUGAAGAGUCUGUUGCAAAGGAGUGCCAAUAUGAUCCAAAUUUCCGUAUUUGGAAUUACACGACGUUUCAUGGCUCAAGAUUACAGUAUCUCCUUUACUUUGACAUCAGACUUUGGAAAGCAAUCAGAACAGAUAUUCACAAGCUUAUGAACUCCGUUCUUACGUCGAACAGACAUUACAGACCAAUUGUAUGUUGUCAAUACGUUGAUAUUUACCCAAAGCUCUUGGAGAUGUUUUUCCAAAUGGAUAGAGAGCCUGAGUAUAGCUGCAUGACAACGUUGACAACGCAGGUUUUUACUUCAUCAUCCAAUGCUACACAAAUAGCACAGCAUGGUGAUCUAACGGUACUUCUAUCGUGCGCUUAUUGUUACCUAACAACUUUACAAAUUGUUUGGCCAAUGGUUAAAGUGGUCCAUGAAGAUCUAAAGCUCGCAGCUUUUAGAAACAGAAGAAUAGGCCAAGUCAUAUUUGAUAUUUGUUGUGUUCUUACAAAGAGCACAUCUUUGGUUGAUGUGAUAAAUUCAGAUUUUGUUAUGCAGGUUUGUGAUAUCCUGGAGUUGUUCCAAGGGAAACCCGUUCUAAAGAGAGCAAUACACGCACACGUGGAAUAUGAAACAAAUGAUUACGGACUAUAUUUCAAUAUGUACUCUGUAACUGCAUCUCUUGCAGAAGUUGUUGCAAAGGCUAUGUUGAAGCUUCCUCAUGAUGAAGUCAUGCAUCUGGUAUAUAUCAUUACUGAAAGAACCAUAAUGUGCCAACGUUCUAUUUCUCGGGUGGAACCAAAUCAUGAGAAGAUCGAAAACUCAGUAUUGAAGACAACAGUUAUGGACACCAUUGAAGGUCCAUUUUCGGUUUUUGACUCCAAACCUCACUUGUCCAGAGUCAGUCUUGUCCACCCAUUACAUGCCUUUACGACAUGGGCCAUUCAAUUCUCAGGUGUUACGGAUAUUAGAGACUUUGAAUUAAUGUUGCAACCUCGUGGUGACGAUAUUUUGUUCCAUCUUCUCGAAUAUCCAUUGAGGACAUUGGUGAUUCUCGCACAAAUUCGUGUUGGCCUAUGGGUCAGAAACGGAUACAGCAUCCGCACACAGUUGAACAUCUACAAAACUAGUGGAUUAAGAGAAUCUGCAUUCAAGAGAGAUGUUUACAUGAUUCAAUUUUUGAUGUGUAUGCUUCCUGCAAGUGAGAUCAUGGCAACCUUCAUCAAUAAAUGGAGCCUUCAACCUUGGCUGAAUGAGGACUUUACCAAUGAAGAAGACUACGAAGACUCUACAUUGAGCUUGAUGGCUGAGGAAUUUUUGCUAUUCUGCAUUCAAUUACUUUGUGAUACAGGAUAUCUUUUCGAGGUGGAAGACAUGAGUGAGAAGAGAAUACGGAGAGAAAUAAUUCACUACUUGUGUUUCCAACAGCUGUCCUACUCGAAGCUUUGUGCCUCAAUUCCCGAGUACAUGUAUCACGAGAAACGCUUUGAUCUUGUUCUAGAAUCUGUUGCGGAUUAUUCACCUCCAAUCGGUGCCAACGGAGUUGGGCAUUACAAAUUGAAAGAUGAACUAUACGAUGAAAUUGACCCUUAUUAUGUACACUAUAGUGCAAAUAAGAGAGAUGAAGCAGAAAAGGUCUUGCGUAAACGUAUGUCGAAAGAAAAAGGAAUUCCAUACGAUGAAACAUUUAUUGAACCAAAACUGCAAAAUUUGGAGGGAACCCUUUUUCAGAACUUGUUUACUGUCACAUCAUCCAGGAUUUUCGUACAGUUUCUAAAGAGCACUUUGAAGUUCGUCAACAGAGAAGGACUGGAAACUACCGAGUCCAUAAUGACUCUGGUAUUACACUUGAUUCACAUUGGAGUUAAUGGUAUUCAUAGAUCAACAUGUUUAACGUUUUGCGAAACGCUUUUUUCCGAACUCACCGUGGAACAUAACGAACCGUUUUACUACGAAAGUGUUGGUGCUUUACUCUACAAAUUUCUACUAGAUGAGUCAUAUUUGUCUCAUUAUGCAAAGAUCCGUGAGAUAUUCAAAGCACUAGCAGAUAAAAAUAUACAUGUCAACGACUAUCUCGAAGAACAAGUUGAGCAUUUUGAUUCAUCAUUAUUGACAAAGAAUGCGGUUGAUGUUUCUAACGGAGAGACAGAAUUUGAACGGAAGAAGAGGCUUGCUAAAGAGAGACGAAACAAAUUGAUGGCUAAUUUCAAGAAACGUCAGAACAACUUUGUGAGUAAAAACAGCAAUGAUAACAAUUUGAGUGAUGAAGAUAUGACUCAAUCAGAUAACGAUGAUUGCUGGGAGUAUCCUCAAGAGCACUGCAUAUUAUGCCAAAUGAGUCUGGGAAACGAUUCACUCUUUGGAAUUGCUUGUAACAUAUCUCCUUCAUCCGUUGAGAGAACCAUUCCUUUCAAUGACAAGUUCUGGCUUUUGAGAUCAUUUGACGAUGUUGGAAGCAUGGAUGACACCUCCCAGUUGGAAAGUGAUCCUCGAUUGACAACUUAUCUAAGUGAUCAAAAAAGGACUGCGGUUAUUGGGCCACCUUUCCCAGUGAAUGGACAAGAGUCUAUUAAGAGUGAUCUAUUAACAACAAGCUGCGGCCAUGGAAUGCAUUACAGUUGCUAUUUAGAACAUCUGGAAUCAUCAAAGUCCCGUCACACCCAGAUUAUUAGAACAAUUCCAGAGGAUUUUGAGAAUUGGGAGUAUGUCUGUCCAUUGUGCAAGUCUUUGGAAAACGCAUUCAUACCAGUCUUAUGGACCAAAAAUCGGAACAAGUUCAACGACUUUGUCAACUCUAAAGAAUCAUGGUAUGAAGGCUUUGAUGAUAUUAGAAAAACUUCUUGUUGUGAACCGUCAUCUCUUACGGACUUUGCUGCAUAUAUGCUGAAUUGUUUAGAUGAGUCUUUGAAACAGGAGUACAAGGGUCUUUUAAAAACAGGAAGUGAAGAUCUACCAAAGAACUUCAAAAUUGUGACCAGUGCCAUCAUUUCCAGAAUUGAUUCUGUUUCUCCAAUCCAUUCAAUGGACCAUUUAACAAGACUCGUACGGGAUACAAUAAGGAUUUCAGAAAUCUCUUGCAGGAGUAUGUCUACGCCAUCUGGUUUAGUACCCGACCUUGUUUCCAAUCAAAUCAUGACCAAUUUGAGAGUUCUAGUUGAAUUCCGUAAAACCAUGCUUGGACUGGGUAUUAUUCAGGAAGAAGUUGAGGGUAAAAGAAAGGGGAUGCCAGUAAAGCUUGCAGAGGAAGCACUUGGAAAGUUAACUUUCCUUUCCUCAGACAGGGUUUUUGAUGCCUUUGAUGAUAUUGAUUUUUUCGACUUCAUCUUCUCGUGUACACCAUACCGUGAUGUCUCACAAAAUUCAUUAUAUCGCUUGGGAUUCAUGUUUGAAAUCAUGCAAAAGAUCUCCACAUUAUUGUCACAGAUUAAAGAUUCUAACUUUGAUAAGGAUGGCGAUGAUAUUGGCCUAUGUGAUAUACCAUUAUUGAACACCAAUGAAGAUAGCGAGGCAAACCUAAUGACACUUGCAAGAGCAUUUAGGGAUAACCACCCACUCUUUGACAAUAUAUCUGAUGAGAUAUUCGAAACAAGUGAGUUUGCAAUUACUCUUUACACUAUGCUCAACCGUUGUAUCACACCUUAUUUAAGAAGAGUCUCAAUAUUGGCUGCUGCCACAUGUGGAGAUUACAACAUCUGCUCCUCAAACUUGUGCAUUGAAGAAGGCUUGGAAUCGGAUCGCUUGUGUAAGCUCUUGAAUCUACCAACCUUGAGUGAAAUGUUGAUGCUAUUUAACAAUCCACAUUCUGUCGAAAGGGAGAAGUUUACAUCAUAUAUCAGGUACAUUUCAACGACGGAAAACGAAUUAUCAGCUCCCACUAUUGACUACCCUGGUGUUAUUCGCUUGUUAGAUCUUCCUCACAGACUCGAUGAUAUAUACACGAAGUUAUUCUACAGUAAGGAAGAGUAUCUGUCUUUGGGACCUUCUUUUGAUCCUGCCAUUUGUCUAUUCUGUGGUAGCGUUGUCUCCUUACAAAAGAAAUCAGCUAAGCAUUUGGAGGGUGAAUGUAACAACCAUGUUAAGCGAGAAUGCAUCAACCAAAGUGGGAUUUUCUUUCUACCUAAGCACAACUCUUUGCUGUUAUUGAAUCGAGAUUGUGGUUCUUUCCAUCCAGCACCCUAUGUUGAUUUCCAUGGAGAGAAUGAUGUUGAAGGAAAGGUUCCACAUCUCAUGACAUUGAACAACGAAAAAUAUGACAACAUAACUCGGACACUUUGGAUGCAACAAGACUCUCAAAAUUACAUCACCAGAAUGCUCGAAGGUGCACUCGAUGUUGGUGGAUGGGAGACCUUA